AUGUGGUCAAACAACCAGUGGGUUCGGCGAAAGGCCGGCGACCCUGUCGAGGGUUAUCCCGAUGCAAGGUCUAACUCUUGCCUUGGACGCGUUUAUACUGUGCCCCACCCCCGCAGCCAGCAGGAGUGCUUUUACCUCCACCUUCUACUUCAUGAAAUUGCUGGGCCAACGAGUUUCACAGAUAUUCGCACUGUCAAAGGCAUAGAAUGCCAGUCUUAUAGAGAGGCAUGCUUCCGUUUGGGAUUCCUUGAAGACGACUCCCAAUGGGAUGCAGACAUGGCGGAGGCUGAACUUCUCAGAACGCCAUCACGGCUUCGAACGCUAUUCGCCAUUUUGCUUUUGCGAUGCGAACUAAGCGAUCCUCUGUCGCUCAGGCUAAAGUACAGAGAAUCCAUGUCAGAGGAUGUUCUGUUCUCCGUUCAGCGUAACAGCCCAGGAGUUGAAUGCAGUUUCACUGACUUCAUAUUCAACAGAGCGCUGGUGGCCCUAGAAGAUGUUGUUUUCGAACUGGGAGUUGCCACUUUACCAACUUACGGUUUACCGCCACCGCUCAGAGACGGUUUUGAGUUAUUGCGGGAAACAUCCUACUACAUCGAGGGGCUGAACGCAUACAUUACCGAAAACGAGCCGAAACUUCUACCUGAUCAGAGGGUGGCUUUCACUACCAUAACAGACAGGACAAACGGCUCCAGUGGAGGUAUAUACUUUUUAGUUGUGCCGGGAGGAACGGGCAAAACUUUUGUUACUAAAUUAGUCCUGGCAGAGUUACGGCGUCGUGGGGAGAUCGCUAUUGCGGUCGCAUCUUCCGGGAUUUCUGCAACGUUGCUACCGGGAGGUAGAACCGCUUAUUCGGCUUUUAGGUUGCCGCUUGUUCUAUGCCGGUCACAAACUCCUCUAUGCAACAAAACAAAGAAGUCGCCACAGGCUGAAGUUCUGCGGAGAUGCAAACUUAUAGCGACUCCUCCGACCCCAUAUGGGUGGAGUAACCCUUCUCCGGUGAGGCGACUUUAG